ACGUGGCCAGCCCAACGACCAACCGCCUUUAAUUUCCCCCAACUAAAGUUAUAACCCAUUAGAAUUGGAUGGAAUCAGGGGCACCCAAAAAAUCCCGAAAAUUUAAAUCACAGUCUUCAUCGAGAUUCGAACCCUGGACCCCAGGAUCAGCUCGAGUCAGGAUUCAAACUCGCCCAACUUCCACAUAGAUAGUCAAGCGAAUUUUGCCAUCAACCACACCUCCAUGAGUUGAUAAUAAAAAUGUUCAUCUGGUCACAUUACAUAAAUUAAUUGUAUGGCUCGGUCUAAUUGAGAUAUUUCGCUUAGUAACAGGAGUGAUCAUGGAUUGAGAAUCGCGAAUGAAUCUACGGACUACUUUCUAAUAAAAAUCACGAUUAACCCAGCCUGAUAUGGGCUAAUCUUUUCAAAAACAGUGUUGUAGUUUUUUUAUAUUUGAAUAAAAAUGAUGCCGCGAAAACAAGGCUUAAUUCCUAUUUUUGUUUUGACUUUGACAUUUCUGUCCAAGUUCUCGCAGCUUCUUGGGGCGGUCGUCAGCACCGCAGACGUUCUUCUCGACCUUGAGAAAGGUCAGACAUUGAGAGGCAUCAAAGUUGCCUACAGUAAUGGAGACCACAUCAACAAGUUCUAUGGAAUACCUUAUGCCUUGCCUCCAACAGGAGAUCGACGCUUUGAGCCACCCUCUCCAGCUCUGCCGUGGUCAGGGGUCAGAAAUGCUAAAACCGAGGGCAACAUUUGCCCCCAGAACCCAAGUCAACAAAUGAGUCAGAACAGAUCGGAAGAUUGCCUCAAUCUGAGCGUUUUUUCUCCGAACCUAAACGGUUCGCUUCCGGUGUUCGUCUGGAUACACGGCGGUGGCUUCCGUGACGGGUUCGGAAGCCGCGACGUUUAUCUGAUAUCCCGCCAAGGCAUGGUGUCUGUCGCAAUCAACUACCGCUUGGCGCCUUUCGGGUUUUUAUCCACCGGAGAUGACGUCAUGCCGGGAAAUUACGGAAUGCUGGAUCAGGUCUUGGCACUAAAGUGGGUGCAAAAGCACAUUCGUGCGUUUGGUGGUGAUCCCAAUCGAGUUACCAUUGCAGGGAACAGCGCCGGAGGUCACAGCGUGGACUUCCAUAUUCUCUCCCCCUUGUCAAGAGGACUCUUCCAUAGAGCUAUCAUGGAAAGCGGAACCGCAUUCUGUUCAUCAGCCAUGGAAAGACCCGGUAAAACUGUGAAGGUCAAGGAUUUUACAUUGUCAGUCGCAGCCAGUGUUGGCUGCACCGAUACCCACUCCACGGCACUUCUACGAUGCUUGAAGUCAGCUAACGCUGACCAGCUUCUCCUAGCUUCAGUCAACGCGGAAAAGUCUUUUGCUAUUACUUUCAUAGCCAUCCCUCGCGUGGAGACCAAAUUUGGAUUUCUGCCGGACUAUCCGAAGAACUUGUUUUCCAGUGGGCAGUACAAUAAGGUGGACACGCUUAGGGGAUAUAACUCAGGUGAGUGGGCUUUCGCCAUCCAUGAUACGGAUAAUAACGGCAUCACCCGGCAUGAAUUCACUCAGUACUUCGCCGCGUUCUUCAAGAAAAGCGCUUUCGUCAAUGACGACGCUAUCAACCAAUUAGUCGAGGACGCCUACCUUGGCAACAAGACGGAUCCGAUCAGCAUCAGAACAAGCCUCGUGCACGCUCUGGCUGACAUGACCUACGGUGCAGCUUCUCUGUACGAUUUGGAGAAGACGCUCCAAACGUCAGGGGCCACGACUCGUCAUUUUUUUUACCACUUCAGUUACAGGGGCAGCAACUUGACGACUGCUGUCUGGAAAGGGGUGGCUCAUGCUGGUGAGGUGCCGUACGUGUUCAGCAACGCUGCUUCCGUUUCAGCAACAGCAGACGACAAGCGUGUCGGGAACAUGGUCCAGACCAUGUGGACCAACUUUGCGAAGUACGGCGAGCCGACGCCGGUUCGAGCCCCCGAUGGCACGCCACUGCCGCAAGUCACCGAUGGAGUUCACUGGGACAGUUUUACGAGCACGAAUCAGAAGAUGUUUGAGAUUGGACUGCAUCCAAAGAUGGAGGCCCUGCCUAGACCAUUUAUUGUUGCUUUGUAUCAGAAGGUCUUGGAUUUAAUGCAUGCCCAGACUGUCGUUCAGAAUGUUGUGGUGGGAUAAACCGAUACAAGUAUCUAGCAAUAAAUGAUCUUAUAGCUUUUCA